UCUUUUGUGAUCUGGGUCGGGCUUUGGGUGGCUGCGGGGCCGUGACCCGUUGGUUUCUGCGCCCUAAGCGGGUGUUCAGCAUUUGGGCUGUUUCCGCAACAAUCUGAAAGUUGCCCUGCGUAGGGUGCAGUAUGAAAGUGGAACAGCCGGUGGUGCUCAAUACCUAUUGUUUCGGUCUACUAAGGGGCUGAUACGACCUGAGCUGCGCUGCUUCGAGUAGGCUGCACUCCAUCAGCAACAAUGAGCGAAGAUACGUUCAAUGGAAGCUCUCAACCAUUGAGUUUCCUGGAACCUGAUGAAAAUGACAUGCUGGGAGCAGAUACACAGGGUUCAGAAUUUGACUUCACAGAUUUCACAGUGCCAUCCCAGAGUCAAACUCUUGCUUCCCAGAUUGACUUGGCCUCACAGUUGAAUGGCCAAAGCCUGAAUGGAGACAUCAGUCAAGUGACAUCACAGCUUGGGGAGCUCCAGUUUGAAGAGGAAGAUGAAGAUGGUUUCUACAAUAAGGAGCUGCCGGCGCACGCGUGCAAGUACUGCGGCAUCCACGACCCCGGCUGCGUGGUCAUGUGCAACAUCUGCAAACGCUGGUUCUGCAACGGUCGCGGCAACACGUCCGGCUCGCACAUCGUCAACCAUCUGGUGCGGGCCAAGCACAAGGAGGUGACCCUGCACAGGAACGGCCCGCUGGGCGAGACGGUGCUCGAGUGCUACUCGUGCGGCGUGCGGAACGUGUUCGUGAUGGGCUUCAUCCCGGCCAAGGCCAACUCGGUGGUGGUGCUGCUGUGUCGGCAGCCGUGCGCCGCGCAGACAGCCCUCCGCGACGUCAACUGGGAUCCGGAACAGUGGAAGCCACUGAUCCUGGACCGGAGCUUCCUCUCGUGGCUUGUGAAGGUGCCCUCGGAGCAGGAGCAGCUGCGCGCCCGCCAGAUCUCCGCCCAGCAGAUCAACAAGCUGGAGGAGCUGUGGAAGGACAAUGUGGACGCCACCUUCCAGGACUUGGAGAAGCCGGGUGUGGACGAGGAUCCCAACCAAGUCCUGCUCAGAUACGAGGACGGCUACCAGUACCAGAACAUCUUUGGCCCGCUGGUGAAGCUGGAAGCAGACUAUGACAAGAAGCUGAAGGAGUCGCAGACGCAGGAUAACAUCGAGGUGCGCUGGGACCAGGGGCUCAACAAGAAGACCAUCGCCUACUUCAGCAUGGCCAAGACUGAUGGAGACAUGCGUCUGAUGCACGGCGACGAGCUGCGCAUCCGCUACCUGGGGGAGAUGCACAAGCCCUGGUCGGGCGUCGGCCACGUCAUCAAGGUGUCCGACAACCACGGCGACGAGGUCGGCAUCGAGCUCAAGAACAACUCGGGCAUCCCGCUGGAGUGCACACACAACUUCGUGGUCGACUUCGUCUGGAAGUCCACCUCGUUCGACAGAAUGCAGGCGGCGCUGAAGAAGUUCGCCGUGGACGACCAGUCGGUGUCGUCUUACAUCUACCACCGGCUGUUGGGCCACGAGAUCGACGAGGUCCUCUUCCGCUGCCACCUGCCCAAACACUUCUCGGCGCCCAACCUGCCCGAGCUGAACCGGUCCCAGGUGUUCGCCGUCAAGUCGGCCCUUCAGCGUCCACUGUCACUGAUCCAGGGCCCGCCCGGCACCGGCAAGACGGUCACCUCGGCCACCAUCGUGUACCACCUGGUCAAGCAGACCCACGGCAGCGUGCUGGUGUGCGCGCCGUCCAACAUCGCCGUGGACCAGCUGACGGAGAAGAUCCACCAGACGGGGCUCAAGGUGGUGCGCGUGUGCGCCAAGUCGCGCGAGGCCAUCGACAGUCCUGUGUCGUACCUGGCGCUGCACAUCCAGGUCCGCAACCUGCCCAGCUCUGGUGAGCUGCUGAAGCUGCAGCAGCUGAUGGACGAGGCUGGCGAGCUGUCCGCCGCCGACGAGAAGCGCUUCCGCAUCCUCAAGAAGACGGCCGAAAAGGAGCUGCUGGAGGCGGCCGACGUGAUCUGCUGCACGUGCGUGGGCGCCGGCGACCCGCGGCUCGCUCGACUCCGCUUCCAGUCCAUUCUCAUCGACGAGAGCAUGCAGGCCACGGAGCCCGAGUGCAUGGUGCCGGUGGUGCUGGGCGCCAAACAGCUGAUCCUGGUGGGAGACCACUGCCAGCUGGGGCCGGUGGUGAUGUGUAAGCAGGCGGCGCGCGCCGGCCUCUCGCAGUCGCUGUUCGAGCGUCUGGUGGUGCUGGGCAUCCGGCCGUUCCGCCUGGAGGUGCAGUACCGUAUGCACCCGGCGCUCAGCCGCUUCCCCUCCGACUUCUUCUACGAGGGCAGCCUGCAGAACGGCGUCGUGCCCGACGAGCGGAAGCUGAAGGCGGUGGACUUCCCGUGGCCGCAGCCGGACACGCCCAUGUUCUUCUUCGUGACGUCGGGCCAGGAGGAGAUCGCCGGCUCGGGCACCUCUUACCUGAACCGCACCGAGGCGGCCAACGUCGAGAAGGUGGUGACGCGCUUCCUGAAGGCCGGCCUCAAGCCGGAGCAGAUCGGCGUCAUCACGCCGUACGAGGGACAGCGCAGCUACCUGGUCACCAACAUGCAGUACCAGGGCUCGCUGCAUGCCAAGCUGUACCAGGAGGUGGAGGUGGCCAGCGUGGACGCCUUCCAGGGUCGCGAGAAGGACGUGAUCAUCAUGUCGUGCGUGCGCUCCAACGAGCACCAGGGCAUCGGCUUCCUGAACGACCCGCGCCGCCUGAACGUGGCCCUGACACGUGCCAGGUUCGGCAUCAUUAUCAUCGGCAACCCGAAGGUGCUCUCCAAGCAGCCGCUGUGGAACCACCUGUUGACCUUCUACAAGGAGCAGAAGGUGCUGGUGGAGGGCACGCUCAACAGCUUCAAGGAAUCCAUGAUCCAGUUCACCAAGCCGCGCACGCUGGUGAACACCAUCAACCCGGGCCAGCACUUCAUGCGCACGACCACCUACGACGCUCGCCAGGCAAUGGUGCCCGGCAGCAUGUACGACCGCAGCGGCCAGAUGAACGGCAUGGCCAACCCCUACAUGGGCCGAGGCAUGGGUAUGGUGGACUUCUCGCGCACCCACGACCCGAUGGGCUACAUAUCGCCCGAGCACGCGCAGGCGGCGCUCAACGUGUCGCUGCCGGUCAGCAUGUUCAUGAACAUGUCGCACAUCCCGCCGCGCUUCUUCAACCAGCACCAGCAGAGCAUGCAGGGUCGGGACGCCGGCCGAGGUCGGGGCGGCAUGCGCCGGGGCCGCGGCGGCCGCCCCAGCGCCGGCCCGGUGGGCUCGCAGGGCUCGCAGGGCCUGUCGCAGCAGGGCUACAGCCAGGACGGCACCCAGCCGUACACCCAGCAGGCCGGCGUCCAGCUCACGCAGAACAUGUCACAGUCGAUGUCGCAGCCGGGCGGCGGCUUCAGCCUGUCGCAGCCGGGCCUGUCGCAGCCGGAGCUGUCGCAGGACCCGUACGCCAUGGGCGAGUUCCACUCGCAGGCGGACGGCCUGCUGUCGCAGGACUCCACCUACCAGGGCGACCGCAGCGCCUUUCUGCCGGGCGCCUCUCAGGGCGCGCCAUUCUCCCAGCCCUACUGAGAACAUCGGUGGCCCACGAACACGGCCCGGCCAGCGAGUUUCCGCGGCCAAGGAACAGACCUCAGGUCCAUCUCCGGCGG